AUGGGGAAAGAGCAAAUGUUUAUGGCACUCUAUUCUUUUUCUCAGAGCAAUGUCUUUUUAACUGGAUUUGUACUUGGUGCAGUGUGGAUAGUAUCAAGACUAUGGACCAGAUGCAGAAGCAAUAAAAUAAGUUCCUGUAAAUUACCACCAGGAUCUAAUGGAUGGCCUUUCAUUGGAGAAAACAUCACUUUUUUUAAAGCUAUCAAUUCUACUACUAAUCAUCCACGUCAAUUUUCUAUAGAUCGAGAGAAAAGGUAUGGGCCAGUGUUUAGAUCUAAUUUGUUUGGAAGUGCAAAAACAAUUGUAUCAGUGGAUGCAGAGUUUAAUAAAUAUGUGCUUCAAAAUGAGGGAAGGUUGUUCCAAGCCAAAUACCCCUCUAGUAACAACAAUCUAGUAGGCAAAUAUGGCAUGGUCACUGUCCAUGGGGAACUCCAAAGGAAGCUCCAUGCAACAGCUGUUAACUUAUUGAAGGCUGAGAAGAUGAGUUCUGAUUUCAUGGAUGACAUCCAAAAUGCCUUGUCCACAGCAAUGGAAAAAUGGGCAGACAUGAAAGACAUCCAUCUUCAACAUGAGUGUCACAAGAUUGUUUUAAACUUGAUGGCAAAAAAAUUGUUGGACUUAACUCCUUCACAAGAAAUGGAUGGAAUUUACAAGGCUUUUAAGGAUUUUGCCAGGGCUCUUGUUUGCCUUCCAAUCAAUAUCCCAGGAUCCACUUACUAUAAAGGAAUGAAGGCAAGAAAUGUUAUCAUAAGAACAAUCCAUGAGUGUAUAAAGGAAAGAAGGGAGCAUCCAGAAGUGGAGCGAAAUGAUCUCUUAACCAAACUUUUGAAGGAUGGAUCUCUUUCUGAUGAAAUAAUUGCAGAUUUCUUAGUGUUUUUCCUAUUUGCAGGAUUUGAAACUUCAUCCACAGCCAUGGCAUUUUCUAUAAUGUUUCUCACUCAGAAUCGACAAGCACUCCAAGAACUCACAGAUGAACAUUUUUCUCUGUUAAAGUCCAAAGGCAAUGAAAAGAUAACAUGGGAAGACUACAUGUCAAUGAAAUUCACUCAUUGUGUAAUAAAAGAAACUCUUCGGCUUGGUAAUGUUGCUCCACUACUUCCUAGAGAAGCUAAACAAGAUAUAAAAAUAAAAGACUUUGUGAUACCCAAAGGAUGGUCGAUUCUUGUUUUCUUGAAUGCCACCCAUUUGGAUGAAAAGUACUACCAUGAAGCUCUUACAUUCAACCCAUGGCGUUGGCAAAAUGAGGGCCAUGAGCUAUCUGACAAAGCAUGCUUUAUGCCAUUUGGUAAAGGUGGGAGGCUAUGCCCAGGAUAUCAUUUAGCUAGAUUAGAAAUUGCUCUUUUCAUCCACAACUUCAUUACAAAAUUCAGAUGGGAGAAGUUAGAAGAUGAUCAUAUAAGCUAUUUUCCUGCUCCUACAUUAGUGAAGGGUCUUCCGAUUCAUGUUUAUCCAAAUUCUCUCCAAUAUAUGGAUGGCAAGAUGGGAUGAAAGAAGUUCUUACAUGAUUCUUGUGAGGCCUCACCAAUAUAUACACAUAAAUACUUCAUACUAUGGAUGCUACCUCGAGAUACUCUACUUGAUUAUGAUGAUUGGGAUGUUUAGUGAUGAUUGGUCUUGAUUAAAAAUAUGUUUCUAGAAUCUUAUAUACUUAAGGUAAAAUUGGAAGUCCAAUGUGAUUUAGUUUAUAUCUAGUAUUAAUUUAGAAUGAGAAAAUAUUCUUAAAGGGAUAUAGUAUAGUGAUUUUAUCUAUGUUGAAUGAAGUGGAUGGAAAUGCUA